UCGAAAACUUUGGCACACCUCCGCUGAGUGUAAUCCGGAGAGUCAGCAGCACUGUCGCUUAUAUCAAGCACACGGUGACGUCCACCUGCUGCUAUGAGUCAAGACACAAUGCGAGGAAAUCCCCAAGGCCGAGAGAACGACGUGAGGCCCCUUUAAAUCGAGAGAGAGAGAGAGAGAGUUAGAGAGAGAGAGAGAGAGAGAGAGAGAUAGAGGGAGGGAGAGAAGACUGAUAAACAACAACACUGCUCUCAGAAGCCGCGUUUACCGGAUUCAGCGAUACUGCGGCCUGGUGAAGGAAGAGGCUACGAGGACUUUCUCCCUGUUCUGUCCAGCGUUCUGUCGUCUGUUUUGUUCAUACAUUCAUUGUUGAAUGCCAUUGCGGAAGUGAGACGCUUUUUUCGUCACGACACAAAGCUUGAGCAGUGCUGACACCUAGCGGCCGGUCAGGAGAACUGCGCCCCAUCAGGCAGAGCGAUGUACGGAGCUUCAGGGAUCCCGGAGCUCAUCGCGCCCAGCGGGCCGCCGCGGCAGCCCGGCCCGGCGGGGCAGUUCAACCCGGGACACCCGCAGGUCAACGGACACGGGGGCGGGGCCAACCCGCAGAGGCUCGGACAGAGGGCUCCGAAACUGGGCCAGAUUGGUCGAACCAAGAAAGUUGAUCUGGAGGACGAAGACCUGGAUGACAUCAUGAACAACAACGGCCAGUGUCCUGUCUCCCUGUCCCCCAUCUCCUAAACUUCACCGAGAAGUGCCAAAAAAACAACAACACAACCCAAGAAAACCCCACCCCCUGGGACGCCAAAAACUCCCCCCCCCCCCCCCCCCCCGUCAGCCACCUCUAGGCCUUGAGCGUGUGACGUGUCCUAAAAGAAGCCUCUGAUGGCUCGACGAGGCACUUAGCGCCGGCUGAAGCUCUUAAACUGUAAAUAGUGUUUAUUAUUUAACUUAACUUUCAGACUGUGAAUGAUAUGUAUCGCAUCGCUCUCUACUCUAUACCUCGGUAGGCAGUAGGACAUCAGGAGAAAGUGUCUGUAUGUUUUUGGAAGCUUCUAACAAGGGCUACGUUUCUAAAGUUGCACUAGAACGAGUUAUUUUUAUUUUUUUGUUCCGAUAUGAGGAAACACGCUGCCUGUGAAUGUGUCCCACAAACAGGUGGAAAAACGUCUUUAAGCUUUUUUUGGUUGUGCAAUGACUAUCACUCUUUUUCCUCUCACACUGAUGAUGCAAGCGGUGUCCUAUUAACCAAUGGAUGAACGCUCGCUAUACAACACAGUUAAAGGAGAACUACUACUGCGUAAUUUAUUUAUUGUUCCAAAAAAAAAAAAAAAAAGGAGAUUUUUUUUGUCGUGCUGUUAUGGCUUCUACGUGUUUUUUAACGCUCUGAAAAAUCUCUAAAAAAAACAAAAAAAAAACAGAUUUUUUUAUUUUCUUUCCAAACGGUGCACUUUGUGGGAAUGCCUGUUAUGUGCAGUGAUAUGUUGCAGAAUUCUAUGCAUGGAGUCUGUGCAAGCAUCAAGACACGUAACUGGUAUCCUGCUUUUUUUUUUUUUUUUAAAGGGCUAUGUAGAAGUAUUUUCCCGCCACAGCAACCUCUCGAGAUUUGCUGUUUUUUUCUGAAUCUCGGUGUCGGUGUCCGGUUGCAGACUCGGUGGUUAAAAUAUCGUAUAAAGGAUCACAGAGGGUUUUUGGCCUGUGAUGAAUGUGUGACAGAAGGCAUACACAGUCCUAAACGUGUUAAUUGAAUUGCCAAAUAUUACUGGAUGCUAUGCCAGAUGGAUUAUUUAAAAGCGUUUCUGAUUGGCUGACAGACACGUCAUAAGAAUGUUACUCGUUUUGUAUUUCUUUACACCAGGAAUCUGCUUGGGAAAAAAAAAACAACCCAUAUGAAGUCAUGUUGUUUCUCUAGCUCAGACGGACUCUGACAUAAUGUCAGGCUUCACUUUGAAAAUGACAGUAUGUCAUUAUGAGAGCUUUACACUGCAGUUUGUGUUUUCAGUUGGUGGAAGAUGUGCAGUGGUUACUUUUUGAAAAUGACAUGUUGUCUCAUGCUGACGUCAUGUUACUUAACAGUAGUUGGCUGUGAAACUGUUUUUUCGGGGUUCACUUUUGGAUUCAUGUCGUGUCGUUGAAGCGUCACAUUUCACAGAUGUGUUCAGGUUUUUUGUGGUUGAACAUUUUGCAUGGAAAUGGUCGACUGUUCACAAUGCAUCUCUGGAAAUAAAACGAUGAGUCUUUUCUCUUUUCUGUA